CACGGACAUUAGCGGCUUCAGCCACCGAGCCAGAGUGGAUUAAACCAGCGUGGAGAGAGAGGAACCAGUUCAGAAACAGCAAGUCCGUUUUAGUAAACUCAGUGGUGCCGUGCAUUGUGUGUGUGUGUGUGUGUGUGUGUGUGUGUGUGUGUGUCAGGGAGAGCUCGGCGGGAAUGGCUUCAUCUCCGUGCGGCAACAGCAACUUUGAUUCCGGUCUGGAAAUCAAAACUCGCUCGGUGGAGCAGACGCUGAUUCCUUUAGUAUCGCAGAUCACAACUCUGAUCAACCAUAAAGACAAGCCAAAGAAGUCUGAGCGUACUCAGGCAGCAAUACACAGGGUGGGCCAGGCAGUGAGUGUGGCUGUGGGACGCUUUGUCACCGUCGGGGAGGCCAUCGCCACAGAGAACCAAGAGCUCAAGGAUGAGAUGGGUCAAGCCUGCUUCGAGGCACGCAGAGCAGGUGAUGCCAUAGCCCAGCUGACAGAUGUGGGAUCAGCCUUGCCGUCCCAGCAGGACGGACGUGUCACAGUGUUCAGUGAUAGGACGGGGAUGGUGAAGGCUGCCCGCUUGCUCCUCUCUUCAGUCACUAAAGUCCUGGUCCUGGCCGACCGCAUCGUCAUCAAACAGAUAAUCACAUCACGCAACAAGGUCCUGGUUACCCUCGACCAUCUGGAAAGAGUCAGCACCUUCCAGGAAUUUGUACAGAUUUUCAGCCAGUUUGGCAACGAGAUGGUGGAGUUUGCCCACCUCACCGGAGACAGACAGAACGACUUGAAGGAUGAGAAGAAGAAAGCACGGAUGGCAGCAGCCAGAGCAGUGCUGGAGAAAUGCACCAUGAUGCUCCUCACGGCUUCCAAGACCUGCCUGAGGCACCCAGAUUGCGAUUCGGCGCGGAUCAACAAGGACGCCGUGUUCCACCGGAUGCGCUGUGCCCUGGAGCAGGUCAUCGAGAUAGUCACUGAGGCACGGAGCUGUGGGGAAAAUAAGAUCCUUCCUGCCAGCAUCUAUAACGGCAUCAAGGACUUCAAGUCCAGCGUGGAGUGCUUGCGGGAGAACCUGUACUCCUCGUCCCCCCAGAGCAUGGGCAGCCAGCUGGAGGCGCUGGUGGAGCGGACAGAGGACUUCACUGAUUCGGCCUACACCAGCCACGAGCAGCGGCAGGCCAUCCUAGGUCUGUGCCAGCUGGCGCGCCAGGACACUCAGCAGCUGGUGCACGCCUGGGCUGAGGCGCAGUCUGUCCAUGCCAAAGAAGCCACAGAGGACAUGGAGGUGGCCAUCCUGAAGACAUGCCAGAGCAUCAGUGACCUUAGACGUGAGCUCCAUAAGGUGGCAGUCGUUCGUGCAUCUGACUUGCUCAAAGUUCACGGGGAGCAGUUGCCUCUACGGGCUCUCAAAGCUGCAGGCGCUGAGGGAAACCUGGAGGCAGUGGCGGAGUAUUCACGCACUCUCACUGAGCAGAAGGAGCAGCUGGUGGAGACGUGUCGGCUACUGUGCCAUGUGUCGGGGACAGAGCCUCUGGAGAUUACCUGCAUACACGCUGAGGAGACCUUCCAUGUCAUUGGUCCACAGAUCAUCUCGGCAGCCCAGACACUGGCCCUCCACCCGUCCAGUAAGAUUGCUAAGGAGAACCUGGAGGUGUUCUGCGAGGCCUGGGAGUCGCAGCUCUGUGACAUGGCCCUGCUGCUGAGAGAGAUCAUCGACGUCUUUGAAGGCAGGCGAGGAGACAAAAGAUCUUAUUUGUCCCUUCCCAGACCCGGGAAACUCUCAGCUAACUUGAAGACUGCCAAGGCUGUCAAGUUGGACGCAGAGGAGCAGACAAGCAUGGCCAAGCUGGGUCUGGAGCUCCGUCUGCUGUCGUCAGACGUGGACACAGAGGUGGAGAAAUGGGAGGAGCAGGAACACGACAUUGUCCGACAGAGCCAGAGCCUGGCUAGUAUGGCAUACAACAUGUAUCUGUUCACCAGAGGGGAGGGGCUGCUGAAAACAACAUUAGAUCUUUUUCAUCAAGCUGAGGUUCUCUCUGAAGAGGGGCUCCAGCUGUGCUCAUCUCUCCGCACCUUUUCAACUCAGCUAGUUGAUGAGGAAAAGUCUGUGGUGAUGACAGAGAUGGAGAAAAUGGUGGCAUUAUGCCAACAGCUGCAGAUGGGAGCCAAGACUCCUGUGCAGGGCAAGACUGCCACCUUCCAGAAGGUGGACUCCUCCAUUCAGACAACCAGAGGGAUCUUGGCUGUGGUUCUCUCCCUUCUACCAUUCUGCAACAAGCUCACCAGAAAGUAUAAAUCAGAGAGGAGUAGCCUGGGUUCCCCGCAGGACUGGAGAGAGAGGCAGGAUGCAUCCACGCCUGUCAAAGAGGAGGGAGCUCUUAACAACAAGAACAGCAACGGCUUCGGUGUGAAACCUCUGGAGCAACACAUGACCGGUCUCAACCUCCUUGAGAGCAAAUAAUCCAGAAAAACGUCACCUCCUUUGUCCGCUAUUCUCCCUUGGAGCAGCACACUGUCAACAUCCCUUUUUCUAAUCCAGGAAAUACUUUACUCCCCUCAUCCUCAUGCAACCACCAGAAAGUGGGGCAGAGCAGUGUAUGUGGUGAAGAUGGAUGCCCCGGGUAAUUAAGAGUUCGUAUUUGUCGUCUGGAUGAUGAAGUGUAAGGUUUAUAGAGGAAAAGCAGAUCCAAGCUUGCUGUGCUCAGGGGAAGUUUGAACCCGGGGUAGAUUUAUCACCUGAAGCACCAGUUCCACACCAGUCCACAAGAUGGAGACAAUCAGCCAACUCUAUGACUUUGCCACUUGCAGUGAGCCUCCUCACUGAUUUUGAGUAGAUAAACUGAUCAGAAAUCAGGGAAAGAAUUCCUCUUAAUGCUCAGUUUAGCCCUACAUCUGUCUUCACUAUGUGCCUCUGUGUUACAAGCCCAUCUGCUUUGUGGUGUAAUGUAAACCUGUUGCACAUGUAAGCCACAUUUUUUGGGGGUUGGCAUGCAUGAUGCCAUCGUCACCAAACCCUUGUGUUUGAGUCUCUUGUGGUCAUUGAGUCAUAGGCUUGUAGUGUUAACACUUCUUCUGUAAUGUUAGAUAUAGUGGUACAUUGUGUCCUUUAUCACUGGCAUUCUAUUCAUCUCACUUGGAUAAAUAAGUAUUUAAAAAGUCAACCACACCAUAUGAUUAAUGACUACUUUCCAUACAGCUUGCCAUGAAAUGCUAGCCAUGUUAGUAACAAAAUCACAAUUUAAUGCCAAAUAUGAUUGUUCUCAUGAAUAAGCUAUGAUCUUCAGCUUGCUACUAGUGUGAAAAACAAAGCUCUUACACCUCCAGUUUACAUCACUGGAUGGGCCUGGUUUCUCCAAAAGGUCAGGUGAUAAAAAUUAAAGUUUAUCACUAAUAUUCUUUCCGGAUGUCAGGACCUUACUUUAUGCUGUCCUGUUAUUAAAUCAUAUUGUGUGUAAAGUAAAACAAACUUUUUUUUAUCUAAAGAACUGAAACUUAAUUCUGAACUGGCACCUUUGUCAAACGGAACCUUGAAGUGUACUUGUUAUGAAGACUAUCAUUGUGAAGCUGCCUUGUAGGCCAAUGUGUAAAUGGUACAUGGUAUCUUUAAUAUGGUACUUGAAGCAUAGCUAUAAAUAAA